AUAUGAGUAAUUUUUCACCCAAAACACACAAAAGGUAAACUUAAACGGGUCUCCAUAAUAUACCAUGAACCAGGCUGAAAAGGAGCUGAUACUUGUAACUGCAGCAGGACAAGCUAAAGCUAUGACUAUCCCUAAAAGAAAGAAGACAGCCCAAGAAAAGGUUUCCACAUUUGGUGGUUUUCUUGCUGGGGGUCUUGCUGCCUGUGGUGCAGUAACGUUUACAAAUCCAAUUGAAUUAAUCAAGACUAGAAUGCAGUUACAAGGAGAACUUUCAAAGACGUCAGCUAAUGCUGUCAGAUUAUACAAGAACCCUUUUCAAGCAUUUCUUGUUAUUUAUAAAAAUGAAGGUAUAAGAGGGUUACAACAAGGGCUUAUGUGUGGAUAUUAUUACCAAUUAGGGUUAAAUGGGUGCAGAAUAGGAUUAUAUGAACCAAGUAGAAAAUUCCUUACUCAAUACUUAACACCUUCCAAGUAUGUCGAAAAUGGAAUCAUACCACAAAAUUUAUCAAUUAAUGUUCUUGCAGGGUUCAUUUCUGGUUCUGCUGGGGCUGUUUUGGCAUCACCAUUCUUUUUAAUUAAAACAAGAAUGCAAUCCUACACAAAAGCUUCCAACUUACAAGGUGCAACCGUGGGACAGCAAACUUAUUAUAAAGGUGCAUGGGACGGGAUAGCCAAAAUCUACACCAGUGAAGGAUUUAAGGGUCUUUAUCGUGGUGUCGAUGCUGCCAUUCUUAGAACUGGUGCUGGAUCCGCUGCACAAUUACCAGUCUAUAACCUUACAAAGAACUUCUUAUUGAAGCACGACAUUGUUGCUGAUCAUUCAAUUGGAUUGCAUUUUAUUUCCUCAUCAAUGGCCGGUUUAGGUGUAGCUAUUGUAAUGAACCCAUGGGAUGUUAUCUUAACAAGAAUGUAUAAUCAAAAGGGUAACUUAUAUACAGGUCCAUUGGAUUGUUUCCGCAAGACAAUUAGUAUUGAAGGACCAGCAGCUUUAUAUAAAGGGUUCUGGGCUCAAUUAUUUAGAAUAGGUCCUCAUUCCAUCCUUACCUUAAUGUUCAUGGAACAAUGUAUGAAAGCUAUGGUAAGCAUUGAACAAAGACUUGGUUAUUAAUAGACUUAUUUAUUUAUAUAGAUAAUACAACGAUAGAGAUUGGAUGAGUAAUUAACACCGAUCUAUGCGGCUCAAA